AAUGUGUUUGUAAACUUCGAAGGAUUCGAAGCGUGUGGAAUGUUACCAGUUGUGAUAAAAUCCUUUUUACGUUUCGGUUUGGCCAUUUAUGUACUAAUAUAGAGCUGUGAAUAUCAUUCUAUCAUACAGUACAUACAUUUAUGAUUUAAUAAUACUGUAGAGCGAGUGAUAACCACAAACUGCCAUAAUGUCCAGCAUCUGCAGCUACAAAAAUAUUGUGUUCCUCAUUGGUUUUCUGAUAGGCAUGAACAUAGCGUUUUCACUAAUAAAAAUGGAAGAGGAUUAUACCAUAAACAGUUUUUCACUUAGUCUAACUGUUAUUCAUCCGUACAAAAACUGGUUCAGCAAGAAGUUUUUAUCUCGAUUUUCAAUAGAUUAUGAUGAAAUUAGUUACGGAAAAGAGACAAAAGUGUCAGAAGCAGAGUAUCUUAAUAAGGAAGUGUCCAUAAUAUGUGCUGUUUUUAUGAAGAAAGUGCAAAAUGCAAAAGCUUUGCAGGACACAUGGGGUAAAAAGUGUAACCGCUUAAUAUUUUUCAGUACUCGGGAAUUUAGUGAUUUUCCAGUUGUACAAUUCAAGCCUAAAAAUUCAUGGCACUUUUUAUGUGACUGCAUUCGGCACAUAUGGAAAAAUUAUGGCAAUCAAAUGCAGUGGGUUCUCUUUGUUCCUGAUGACAUGUUUGUCAUACCAGAAAACUUGAGAUACUACGUGGCUCCACUUGACUACAGAAACCCCCAUUAUUUGGGCCAUGCUUUGACAUUUUGGGGCCAGUUGUACAAUAUUGGCCAAGCAGGAUAUGUUGUAAGCAAAGGGGCCUUGAGUGCCCUGGAGUCUAGAUUCAAUACAACAGAAAAAUGUGCCAUGGGAGGCAAAUACUGGAAAAAUGAAGAUUUUUAUUUGGGAAAGCACCUGGGAGAACUUGGAAUAACCCCAGAGGACACAAGAGAUAGCCUAGGGAGAGGAAGAUUCCAUGGUUACAGUUUUAACCAGUUACUGUUCCGAGGGAAGAUCUCAACACUCGGUAGCUAUUGGAAAAGGAGUGUUUUCCCAGUUCAUGAGGGCCGUGAGUGCUGCAGUGACUUGUCUAUAACUUUCCAUGGAAUUGAAGCAGAUAAAAUAUAUCUUUAUGAUUACCUGCUCAACCAUCUGAGAGUCUUCAGACAUGGCGGCCAUCGUGGAAACAUGCCACCUGUACUUAGCACACCAGAAGAAGAAGUUUGGAAAUCCUUUCUAAGGAAGGAAGGCCACCCCGUUGAAAAUGUUUCUGCAGAAGAAUACUUCAAGCUGUGGCAAGACAAAGUAUCUGCACCAGAUGACUUCAACAAGCGCAUCCGUAGUGAACAGAUGUCACAUUUUUUUGAAGGCUUGCUAAGUGCUGCUCAAGGAAAUGAUUCAGUUAAUGAAUAACAUUUGUUUGCAAUAUUAUUGCCCAACACAUCACAGUGUAACUUGUCUGUGAUAAUUAAGUAGUGAUCGGAUGUGUAAUUUUGUAAGAUAAUGACAUGUCUUUUGAGAUGCCUGUUAUGUUUCUCUUCUUACAUGUGUGUUUUUGUUUAGCAGUAGAUAUAAGGGAAGUUCAUGGAAAGAUGUACAUCCAUUUUUUUCAACCUUAGUGUGAUUAAGACAAAAACUGCCGUCUUAAACUUCCAAUUUUGUUAUGUUAGUGAGGCUGUGUGUUAAGAAAGAAAAGAAAAAAUGGCAUACACAAUACUAGACUGCCACUGAUGGAUAUUAAUAACUUUUUAUGGCAGUGACUUGAGAGAGAUGGAUCCUAAAUUCUCCCAGUUUCUAUACUUGUCUCACUUAUUUUAUCUCUUUUGAAGAUACUCCAUAAUUCAUUUUUCAUAUGUACAGUAUAAUGAUGCCAAUAGAACUCUCUCUCUCUCUCUCUCUCUCUCUCUCUCUCUCUCUCUCUCUCUCUCUCCUCUAACUUAGAUGUGAGAGGAAUUGAUGUAUUUUGAUCAAAUGUUUGUGAAAGAUACAAUGAUAGUGCUCAUCAGGAUGACAUCAGUUUUUCCAUGUGUGACUUGCCAGAAUUUUGUUUUGUUAUUAUUUUAUUAACUGUAUCAGUAUUUUGAAUAUUGCUGUGUUGUGAACAAUCAAAAGUAAGGUUUGCAUUUCAGUCCUUAUUUUCCAUUAUUAAAUUAGCAAGUCAGAUGGAAACUUGAACCCAUGGUGUGCUUCGGUUUUCAGACACUUCAAUAAUGAUCUAAACUGUACCGGAUCUGAAGUAACAAAUAUUAGCAGUACAAAAAUAAUGUCUCUUGAGGUCCAGUGCAGUCAUCUGAUGAAUCAGAAGUAUCUGACCUAUUCACUUUCUCUUUUCUCCACAAGUGUGUCCGAACGUUGCAUACAAAGCUUUUCUCAAUUGAUACAAAUGCACUUACAAAAAUUAUUUUCAUGAUUUUGAAUGUCUUAAAAAAACGUGAUGGGGAUCUUUUACAACCUACUUUACCACUUAACAGUAAGAACAAAAAGUUUUUCCAAAUGGUUUGGGAGCUGUGUGCCUUAAAAAGAUGCUGAAGGAAGGAUCAUAAGCAGCAUCCUUAAGGUAAGGGAAGCCCAGGCAUAGACAACUAUAUCAGAGCACUGUAAGAUCAUAUUGGGAAAUAACUGUCACCAGUAAUUCUGACUUCCCGUUUUACAUUCCAAUCUCCACUCUCCACCACAUUCCCUUUUUUCAGUGUGUGUGUGUGUGUGUGUGUGUGUGUGUGUGUGUGUGUGUGUAGAAGAGAGAGAGAAGAAUGAAUUAUCAUUUGGCUGUGCUGGCAGAGGCAAAUUUAUAUAGUUUUAGUGUUGUGGUUGUGAAGCCCACGUCCGUCCACUAUUGACUUGCUCAGUAUUAUAAGUGCCUUGUAGAUGUUAGCAUUUUAAUAAUAGUACAUCCAGUUUAAACUAUUUUUAUGUAAAAUUCUGAAAUGUUACUGUUAUGUGUUUUAAAACAUUUUCUGUUAUUUUUGAUUUGAAACAACUCAUUUCUGAUCAGUAUUACUUACACAGCUAUAUAUAUAUAUAUAUAUAUAUAUGUUCAAGCACACUUUUUUAAAGAAAUGUUUCCUAUACAGAACUUAUAUUUUUUUAGUAUGCUAAAAGCAAAUUUUGUAAACUGUAUGUAAAAUAUUUAUUUUAUGCAAUAACAGCUCUCUUCUCAAACAUUUUAAUUGUCAUGGUGCUUUGUAUACUAAGAAUGCCAUAAAGAAAAUGUUACUUUACCAUUAGAGCAUUGUUGUGAAAAGAUGCACUGAUGCAGUAUGUUCACAGAGAUUGACAACAGAAGUGUGAGACCACCACUUGUAAGAAAUCUUUACAUUAUUUUUUUUUUUUAAAAAAGUAGUACAGACUCAGUGAAAUGUUAAAUUAUGGAAUUGGUGAACAGUCAGUACCCUUUUAAGCAGCCGCUAAAUGAUCAAAUUCCUGGCCACAUAAUGAGGAAACUGCUGCCUUCAGUAAGCAGUAGCUGAUUUCAUUACUAUUUAUAUAGUAAUUUAGUAUCAUGAAAUAUUUUCAAUAAAAGUGUCCAUAAUCUAAAUGGCAAACAGUAAUAAACUGGCUGUCCAUCUUAAUAACAUAUUUAAGCAUUGAGCAUAAAUAAGAGGUUAUUUCUUCCACACCCCUAACCACCCAUUGUGGUUUGAGUACUCACAUCUGUUUUAACAUUUUGAUAGUAACAAAAUUAUUUUUUUCUGUCAGAAUAUUUCUGAAAAGGACACUUCUGUUUCAUUCAUAUUUUAUUGGAAAAAUGUAGCCCAUUCUGUGUUCAGUUCAUGUAGAGAGCUCUUCACUUUAUUUCCAAUCAGAAAAUCAACCAUGAAUACUGAAUUUUGUGUGCAUAGCAAAUGAUUUUUAUAUUAUAACUUAUGCAGAAAUUCUCUUAACAUUUAAUUAUUAAUCUACAUUCCAAUCAGUUUAUUUUUGUAAUACAUUGUACUGAAAAGCUUUACUGUACUCUGCAAUUGUAUCAAACUAUGUAAAUGAAGAAAUUCCUGUGGGAACUUAAUUUUAUAGAUGCUCAUGACUGGGAAUUAAAUAUUAUGAAGCAGAAUGUUGAAGCAAUAUGGGAAGGAACAAAAACUUGUGAAGUCUGUUUGAAUGAAAAGUUUCUGUUUCUUUUCUUGUUUAACAGUUUAGAAAGGUGUAACUCUCUUAAAUAAAACAAUUGUCAAUGGUUUUGGAAAUCUGUAAUUAUUUUGACUAUAGGAAAAAAUAUGUUUAUAAAAGGCAGUAAAGCUUCAUGCCAGUUUAAGUAAUAGCCAUUUAAUGUGCCCAAUGUAUUUCCUUGCUUCUGAGACUUAAUCUGUACUUAUCAUUAAAAAUUUAUGUACUCUCAAACAUCUCCAUUCACCAAUUACAUAAUAUUAUU